AUGCUGGGUAGGGCCCGUGUUGUCAGUCCUCCGCCACUUUCGAUUGAAAAUCCACGUGCCCCUCUGCCGCCUAAUGUGGUGACCUCCUAUACCGACUCAGGAGCACUAGCCUUGGCAGAUGACGGAACCUAUGUUCGGGGAAGGUUCGGACCUCGAUCAAGCGGUCAUGGAAUCGGCGGGAGAAGUCUUGAGGCGCAUCCCAUUGCUCGCAACGCGCAGCUGAGCGCCAUCGAUGAACAAGUGAGAGAGAUUGAUAAGGCAUGUGAGAGAGUUGAUAUGGAGAAUGCCUUGUCACAGCGCAUGCUGAACAGGUCCGACUACCAGCAAGACUCUGCUGCACCUUCUCAGGAGACGCCGUAUGUCAGGACAGGCGGUCGGACAGCCCGUCCUAGCGAGUUGUUGAGUUCUUCAGAAGAUGGCCACUCGAGCCCGGCGGUCUAUCUGUCGCCUCCCACAUCCUCACCUCGGAUACCCAUUCCUGAACCCCAAGGCAAUGGUGUUGUAUCUGGCCUGGAGCAGUCACAUUGGGACUCAAUGAGGUUGAGGUCGCCGGCCAUGCCCAGUCUUUCCAGGUUGAGACAGACCCCGGGGUAUCCUCCAUCCCUUGUCAUGUCCAUGAGGAGCAUGGAGAGCGCGCCUCAUCUAUUCACUGCAGCGGAAGAAGCCGAACGAGCCCGGGUGAGGGAUUUGGUAAUGAAUGAGAAGAGGAAGGAGCAGAGCAAGGGGUGGGCUCACCUGUGGUACUCGAUCGAAGAUUGCUUCUAUGAGGUGUGGAAGGGAAGGGAUUGGAAUGAAUGGGAAUGGAAGGGAUGGGAUUGGAAGCAAUGGCACUGCCCGAUGUGUUGCUGCGGCUCUCGUGGCUGUCGGCGAUCCGAAAGUGACUGGUAG